GAGGGCCUUCCACAGAUCUUUGUGGAAUUUGAUGGCUGUAACUGGAAGCAACACUCCUGGGUUAAAGUUCAUGCUGAAGAAGUUACUGUGCUUCUGCUGGAAGGGUCACUUGUAUGGGCACCUCGGAAGGAUCCUGUCCUCCUCCAGGGCACUCGAAUCCCAAUUGCACAGUGGCCAGCCCUGACUUUCACUCCCCUAGUAGAUAAACUGGGUUUGGGUUCUAUGGUGCCAGUUGAGUAUCUUCUGGAUCGAGAGCUGCGUUUCCUGUCAGAUGCUACUGGGUUACAUCUGUUCCAGAUGGGAACAGAUAGCCAAAAUCAAAUUCUUUUAGAACAUGCUGCACUGAGAGAAACAGUUAAUGCUUUGAUCAGUGACCAGAAGCUACAAGAGAUAUUCAGCCAAGGUCCCUACAGUGUUCAAGGUCACAGGGUCAAAGUGUACCAGCCAGAGGGGGAAGAAGGGUGGCUCUAUGGUGUUGUGAGCCAUCAAGAUUCCAUCACCCGUCUUAUGGAGGUGUCUGUAACUGAGAGUGGUGAGAUCAAGUCGGUAGAUCCCAGACUAAUCCAUGUGAUGCUGGUGGAUAGCUCGACGCCUCAGAGAGAGGGGGGUACGUUAAAAGCAGUAAAAUCUUCCAAAGGAAAGAAGAAGAGAGAGAGCAUAGAGGGGAAAGAUGGCCGGAGGAGGAAAAAUGCUUCGGACUCUGGGUGUGACCCUGCAUCAAAGAAAUUAAAAGGAGACAGGGGUGAAGUAGACAGUAAUGGGAGCGAUGGAAGUGAGGCAAGCCGAGGGCCCUGGAAAGAAGGUAAUGCCAGUGGAGAACCAGGGCUGGAUCAGAGAUCCAAGCAGCCACCGUCUACGUUUGUCCCCCAGAUUAACCGCAACAUUCGCUUUGCCACUUACACCAAAGAAAAUGGCAGGACUCUGGUGGUACAGGAUGAGCCUGUAGGAGGGGACACACCUGUACCUUUCGCUCCAUAUUCUACAGCCACGGGUCAGACACCUUUGGCUCCAGAGGUGGGUGGAACCGAAAAUAAAGAGGCAGGAAAAACACUGGAACAAGUUGGCCAGAGCAUGGUGGCUUCAGCAGCUGUGGUCACUACUGCCAGCUCCACACCAACCACAGUGAGGAUCUCAGACACUGGCCUUGCAACAGGGACUGGGCCUGAAAAACAGAAAGGCAGCUGGUCACAGGCCUCAGGAGAGAUUUCAAGAAACUCUAUACUGGGCUCUUCCGGAUUUGGAGCAUCUCUCCCAAGUUUAUCGCAACCUUUGACUUUUGCAAGUGGGCGGAGCCAGUCCAAUGGGGUUCUAGCCACGGAGAACAAACCUUUGGGCUUCUCUUUUGGUUGUGGCUCUGCAUCAGAGUCUCAAAAAGACUCUGAUCUCUCCAAAAACUUAUUUUUUCAGUGCAUGUCCCAAACUUUACCCACCAGUAACUAUUUCACUACGGUUUCGGAGAGUUUGGCUGAUGAUUCCUCUAGUCGGGACUCAUUCAAGCAAAGCCUUGAAAGCCUGAGCUCAGGCCUGUGUAAAAGCAGAUCCACUCUUGGAGCAGACACGAAGCUAGGCUCUAAGGCUGGCAGCUCUGUGGACCGGAAAGUACCUGCAGAGUCCAUGCCCACCCUCACUCCAGCCUUCCAACGGAGCCUCCUAAAUACCCGUACCCCAGAGAGUCAUGAAAAUCUAUUUUUACAGCCCCCCAAACUGUCCCGAGAAGAGCCUUCUAACCCUUUCCUGGCAUUUGUGGAGAAAGUUGAACAUAGCCCUUUCAGCAGCUUUGCAUCUCAGGCAUCAAGUAGCUCUGCUACCACUGUCACCUCCAAGGCAGCACCCAGCUGGCCCGAGUCUCACUCCUCCACAGAUUCGGCCUCUUUAACAAAGAAGAAACCCCUCUUCAUUACAACUGACUCCUCCAAGCUAGUGCCUGGUGUUCUGGGCUCUGCUCUUACCACUGGGGGCCCAAGCCUCUCUGCCAUGGGGAAUGGCCGCUCCAGCUCACCCACCAGCACCCUCACCCAACCCAUUGAGAUGCCUACUCUCUCUUCCAGCCCCACAGAGGAAAGGCCUACUGUGGGGCCUGGGCAGCAGGACAAUCCCCUCCUCAAAACCUUUAGUAACGUCUUUGGCAGGCACUCAGGCAGUUUUCUGUCCUCCCCAGCAGAUUUUUCACAGGAGAACAAAGCUCCUUUUGAAGCUGUGAAAAGGUUCUCACUGGAUGAGCGAAGCUUGGCUUGCAGACAGGACUCAGACUCCAGCACCAACAGUGACCUGUCAGAUUUGAGCGACUCGGAGGAGCAGCUGCAGGCGAAGACUGGCCUGAAGGGGAUUCCAGAGCACCUGAUGGGGAAGCUGGGCCCCAAUGGGGAGCGCAGUGCUGAAUUGUUGCUGGGCAAGGGCAAAGGGAAGCAGACCCCCAAGGGCCGGCCUCGGACCGCCCCCCUGAAAGUUGGCCAGUCAGUGCUGAAAGAUGUGAGCAAGGUGAAGAAGCUGAAGCAGUCUGGAGAGCCCUUCCUGCAGGAUGGGUCAUGCAUUAACGUGGCCCCACACCUGCACAAGUGUCGUGAGUGCCGCCUGGAGCGGUAUCGGAAGUUCAAAGAGCAGGAGCAAGACGACUCGACUGUGGCCUGCCGCUUCUUUCACUUCCGGAGGUUGAUCUUCACUCGAAAGGGGGUACUUCGUGUGGAGGGGUUUCUAAGCCCUCAACAAAGUGACCCUGAUGCCAUGAACCUGUGGAUUCCCUCUUCCUCCCUAGCAGAAGGGAUAGACCUAGAGACCUCAAAAUACAUCCUGGCCAAUGUUGGGGAUCAGUUCUGUCAGCUUGUAAUGUCUGAAAAGGAGGCCAUGAUGAUGGUGGAGCCGCACCAGAAAGUGGCAUGGAAGAGAGCUGUACGUGGCGUGCGGGAAAUGUGUGAUGUAUGUGAAACAACUCUCUUCAACAUCCACUGGGUUUGUCGCAAAUGUGGAUUUGGGGUCUGCCUUGACUGUUAUAGGCUCAGGAAAAGCCGUCCUCGCAGUGAUCUGGCACCGUGCAACUUCUGGCUCUUCCCCAAAGUCAAAAUGACCAUGAAAGAGACAGAGGAGAUGGGUGACGAAGAGGUUUUCUCUUGGUUAAAGUGUGCAAAGGGGCAGUCCCAUGAACCAGAGAAUCUCAUGCCCACACAGAUCAUCCCUGGCACAGCCCUUUACAAUAUCGGAGACAUGGUACAUGCUGCCAGGGGCAAAUGGGGCAUUAAAGCGAACUGUCCUUGUAUUAGUCGGCAGAACAAAUCUGUAUUGAGACCUGCUGUCACCAACGGGAUGUCCCAGCUUCCUAGCAUAAACCCUAGUGCCUCUUCUGGAAACGAAACUACCUUCUCAGGUGGAGGAGGAACUGCAGCGGGAACAAUACCAGAGCCCAACCAUGUUCCUAAAGGCGAUGGCACUGACAUCAGACCUGAAGAGCCCCUGAAAGCUGAUGGUGCAGUGUCCAAUAGCAAUAGUGAGCUAAAAGCCAUCAGGCCUCCGUGCCCCGACACGGCGCCCCCCUCCUCUGCCCUGCAUUGGUUGGCGGAUUUAGCAACUCAGAAGGCGAAAGAAGAAACAAAAGAAGCAGGGUCCCUGAGGUCGGUGCUCAAUAAAGAGUCUCAUUCACCCUUUGGGCUGGACUCGUUCAACUCCACUGCAAAGGUCUCUCCGUUGACUCCAAAGCUUUUUAACAGUCUGUUACUGGGUCCCACUGCCUCCAACAACAAAACCGAAGGCUCUAGCCUUCGAGACCUCCUUCACUCCGGGCCCGGGAAGCUUCCUCAAAGCCCCCUGGACACAGGCAUACCCUUCCCCCCGGUCUUCUCUACAUCCUCAGCAGGAGUGAAGAGCAAGGCCAGCCUACCCAACUUUCUUGACCACAUCAUUGCUUCUGUGGUGGAAAAUAAGAAAACCUCAGAUGCUUCAAAGAGGACCUGCAACUUGACUGAUACCCAGAAGGAAGUGAAGGAGAUGGUGAUGGGGUUAAAUGUGCUAGACCCCCACACCUCUCACUCCUGGCUCUGUGAUGGGAGGCUCCUGUGUCUCCAUGAUCCCAGCAACAAGAACAAUUGGAAGAUCUUCCGGGAGUGUUGGAAGCAAGGCCAGCCAGUACUGGUUUCAGGGGUGCAUAAAAAACUGAAGUCUGAACUCUGGAAACCUGAAGCCUUUAGCCAGGAAUUUGGAGAUCAAGAUGUGGACUUGGUGAACUGCAGAAACUGUGCUAUAAUUUCUGACGUGAAAGUUCGGGAUUUCUGGGAUGGCUUUGAGAUCAUAUGCAAGCGAUUAAGGUCAGAAGACGGACAGCCCAUGGUGCUCAAACUCAAGGACUGGCCUCCUGGGGAAGAUUUUCGGGACAUGAUGCCCACAAGGUUUGAAGAUCUGAUGGAGAACCUUCCUCUGCCAGAAUAUACCAAACGAGAUGGCAGGCUCAAUCUGGCCUCUAGGCUACCCAGCUACUUUGUAAGGCCUGAUCUUGGCCCCAAGAUGUACAACGCCUACGGCUUGAUAACUGCAGAAGACAGAAGGGUUGGCACAACAAAUCUUCACUUAGAUGUGUCUGAUGCCGUUAACGUGAUGGUGUACGUUGGGAUCCCCAUCGGGGAGGGUGCUCAUGAUGAAGAAGUACUCAAGACAAUUGAUGAGGGAGAUGCUGAUGAGGUAACAAAGCAAAGAAUUCAUGAUGGAAAUGAGAAACCAGGUGCUUUAUGGCACAUCUAUGCCGCCAAGGAUGCAGAAAAGAUCCGAGAGCUGCUCCGAAAGGUUGGAGAAGAGCAAGGCCAAGAGAAUCCCCCUGAUCAUGACCCAAUUCAUGACCAAAGUUGGUACCUGGACCAGACCCUCCGCAAGCGCCUCUACGAGGAGUAUGGUGUGCAAGGUUGGGCCAUCGUGCAGUUCUUAGGUGAUGCCGUCUUCAUACCUGCUGGAGCCCCUCACCAGGUUCACAAUUUAUAUAGUUGCAUAAAAGUAGCAGAAGACUUUGUGUCUCCAGAACAUGUGAAGCACUGUUUCCGCCUGACUCAGGAAUUCAGGCAUCUCUCCAACACGCAUACAAAUCAUGAAGAUAAACUGCAGGUGAAAAACAUCAUUUACCACGCAGUGAAAGAUGCUGUUGGCACCCUCAAGGCUCAUGAAUCCAAACUGGCACGGUCAUAGGAAUGGAGAAGUCCCAAGCACCCCCAUGAAGCAGGUCUUUCGCUCACGACACUCACAGGGACUGGCAGGGUUCUCGGUGCAAGUAGAGGCCCUUGCCCGGAGCCGGUGUGGUCAGUAUUACAGACUCUCCAGCCACUCUCUGCACCGCCUCAGAACUGAAGGCUGCACUGCUCACACACUUUCAGACUCCAGCCCAGGGUGCUGCCUCCCCCACCCUGCAGCCUCCGGGAAUCUGACUGCCUGGACAUCAUGGGCUUUCCUGCACAUUCUCCUGAUUUGAUAUCAUGGAAACCAGAAAUGUGGGCACACCGUUUUUCUCUCUUCCUCUUGUGCCUAAUUAAGUGGGAAUGUGUUUGGAGCUGGCGGGAACCCCAUAGCUGGUACAAGUAGAGGUGAUUGCUUACACACACCUGGUGGAAGCCUUACAGUGUCUGCACAUGACUCCGACACAGCGCGUCCAGGAGACGGCGCAGUCACUCCCCAUACUCUCCCUGAGCACUGGAGUCUCAGGACCUGGGAGAGUCCACUGCUUUUCCCCAGGAGGCUCCAGGAUUAGGAAAUGUGUGUAUUUAGUGAAAAAUAGGUUUGUAGUGAAAUAGUAACUAUUUCAUGAAAGUAGAUAUUUUUAGAAUUUUUGAAAUGCCACAGUUGUUUUCCUGGAUUACAAGGAAAGGCACAUGACAUUUAGUCUUCCUUUCGCUAAAACUCUUUGAAGAAAUAUGAUUUUUAGAAAUCAGCUGCCCAUCAUAGCACAAAUUCAGCCAAAGCAGAACUUAAAGGAAUUGGCUUUUAGAAUUCUUUUAGUCCCAUUCUGUCCCCUGUCCCCUCUUAGUGUUCUUGAGGGAUCAGCCAUCUCGGAACUUGGUCUUGUCCGAGCUGUGGUGUGUUCCCUCAUGCACCCAUGGUGACUCCGGGAGCCGUCUUCACCUCUUACCAGCGUUCCCUUGGGACUCCUCAGACAUUUCUAAACACAAAACAAAGCUUAAUUUCCAACAUGACGUUUUUGGGUUUUUGUCCAGAAAUAUUUUCAGCAAAACUUUCCAACUCAGUGGAGUUUUUAUUAAGAAUUUAUUUGAAAAUGAUGGAAUUCAUUGGCCCAUAGGUACAUUGGGAAAUUAUCUCUUUCCAGCUGUACUGUAAUGCCCUGCAGGCUUGUUUAUAUGUUCACACUUUUUUUUAAAUAAAAGUCAUUUACUGUAGAAUACUUUUAAUUUCACUUUCUGUAU